UGACGUACCGCGGGAAGAGGCGUGUCCCCGGUCGGAUCAGUGGGCGUGUCCCCGUCAGCGCCGGAAGCGUAAUUUUGUUCUUGGCCCGAAUUUGGCUGUGGCCUGUACGUACGUUUCAGCCUGACCCUGGAGUAAUUGUGUCCCUGACAAAGUGUGGGGGGAGGGAGCAGGGAUGGCUGCUGCCCGGGUUCCGAUUGACAGUUUCCCUGGGAACUCGUCGGGAUAGUACAAGAUGGAGGACACUUGAGGCCGGAGAGAGGGUGAGAUCCCGAGUGCUUGGUAAAAAUGCAGUCUCUUCAGUCACCCAGUGCUGUAUUUCUGUAGCCUGGACAUCCUGUGAAUAAUCUGCUGGCCUGCACACCAGUGUUUCUUUGCUACACGCGGACGCUGGAAAGUAGAGGGGCUGGCGUGGUAUCAAAUCCUGGAACAAUUUAAGGCCGCAGGAGGGUGCGUGCGCUUAAGAUGUCCUUGAGUAGUGGCGCACCAGGAGGGAAAGGUCUGGACACAAAUCCGGUGGAGACCUAUGACAGUGGUGAUGAAUGGGAUAUUGGAGUAGGGAAUCUGAUAAUUGAUUUGGAUGCUGAUCUAGAGAAAGACCAGCAAAAACUCGAGAUGUCUGGCUCCAAGGAGGUGGGCUUGCCAGCCCCCAAUGCAGUAGCUACUCUUCCAGACAACAUUAAGUUUGUUACCCCAGUUCCUAGUGGUCAAAGCAAGGAGUCUAAAUCGAAAUCAAAAAGAAGCAAAAGCAGCAAGGAUGGAAAUCGAAGUAGCCAAGCCUCCUCUGGACUGUUCCCAGCUGGGGAGGCCAACAAAAAAGAGGCAGGAGGACGGUCUGGGGAAAGUGGAAGUUGUUCUGGAACCCCAUCUGUCUCAGUAGCUCCUUCCAAGAACAGUGAAAAAUCUAGCAAGGCUUCCCGCAUCUCUUCCAGCUCUAAGAAGGAGAGUGGAAAGACGAAAAAAGACAAAGGUGAGGUGGGAGUUGGUGGUGAGAAAGAGCCCUCGGGAGUCCUACAGCCAACACAAGGAAUGGUGGGUAGAGGAGCAGCCUUGCAAGAAGCAUCAGGGGCUGCAGUGGACCAUUUGGGAGGGGGCCUGACUGUGGAUGGUGGAAGCACUCUAAAUGUAGCAGGGAUUAAAACUGAAGCUGAGGACCAAGAAGCAGAAAAUCGUGGUAUGAAGAAAGUUAAAGUAGAGAUGAUGGAUUCUCCAAGUUGUGCUUCUUCUGGCUUGCCUUUGCAUCUACUUGUUCCAAUGGUGAGCAGUGAAAUAUCCUCCCCAUGUGAACAGAUCAUGGUGCGCACACGAUCAGUGGGUGUCAAUACAAGUGAUGUGGCCCUGGCUACUGAACCAGAAUGCCUGGGGCCUUGUGAACCCGGCACCAGCGUUAACCUGGAAGGCAUUGUGUGGCAGGAGACAGAAGAUGGAAUGUUGGUUGUUAAUGUGACUUGGAGAAACAAAACCUAUGUAGGUACCCUACUGGACUGCACACGUCAUGACUGGGCUCCCCCAAGAUUCUGCGACUCUCCCACCAGUGACUUGGAGAUGCGGAACGGACGGGGGAGGGGCAAACGAAUGCGCCCCAGCAGCAGUGUGCCGAUCACAGAAACAGCAACUGUGCCAGACAGUAAAGGAGCUAGUAGUAGCAGUAGUAGCAGCAGUAAGACACGUGCUGGGACAAACAGCAAAGGGAGGAGGGGUAGCCAGAACUCAGGUGAACACCGCCCUCCUCCAUGUGGUGCCAGUGAUGACAUCAAAGCUAGUCCGUCUUCUGCCAGUAAGCGCAAAAGUAAACCCCCUUCUGACAUGGAACUUACCUCCAGUUCAGAAGAUUCUAAAGGAAGCAAACGUGCACGUACCAAUUCAAUGGGUUCCUCUUCUGCACCUGUGUCCAUGCCAUUAACAGUUCCACUAAGCACUAUCAAGGUAGAACCUGCAACACUUGACCGAAAUUGUUCAUCUCCGAUUCUCAUUGACUGUCCCCAUCCUAAUUGUAAUAAAAAGUACAAGCACAUCAAUGGCCUGAAAUAUCAUCAGGCGCAUGCACACACUGAUGAUGACAGUAAACCAGAAGCUGAUGGUGAUAGUGAGUGCGGAGAGGAGCCCCAUCUUCAUUUGGACAUGGGAGGAUGCAAUGGCGCCUUUGCAUCCCAGAAAGGGUCUCUCUCUCCUGCACGUUCUGCCACUCCCAAGGCCCGCAUAACUGAACCACACAGUCCAACACUAUCUGCAAAAUUUGGAGGCAAGGCAGCUUGUAAAAAGAAAGUAGGGGCAGAGGGUGACACAGACCCUGGAGCCCUUUCUAAUGAUGGAUCAGAGGACGGGACACUAGCUGCAGAUGAUACCAGCAAUGAUGGCUUUGAUCUACAGGAAAAACGUUUGGCAGAAAAAGAUGCAGUGAAAAAAGGAGGCUUAAGCACCAAGACUGAGAAGCCACCUGCCUCUAAAAGUGUGAAAUCUGCACGUCCAAUUGCACCAGCUAUAGUGCCUCAGCCAAUGUACACCUUUCAAGCUACCACUUUUACUGCCUCCAGUCCCGGCUCCUCAACUGGUAUAACAACCACAGUGGUGCAAGCUAUGCCAGCUAGCCCUCAGCUUAAACCAAUUCAACCAAAACCCACAGUUAUGGGAGAACCCUCUGGUAUCAAUCCUGCACUGACACCAUCUAGGGAUAAGAAAAAAAAGGAUAAAAAGAAGAAAGAGUGCAGAGAGGAGGAGAGCCCUGGCUCCUCUAUGAAGUCAGGCCGUCCAGAGGAAGGCAAAAGCCCUUAUGGAGAAGGCAUGGGGGAAUCGUCAAACAAAGCAGACGGCCUCCUUAAUGGCUCUGAUGCUCACCAGAGCCGCCUAGCCAGCAUUAAAGCUGAGGCUGAUAAAAUUUACAGCUUUACAGACAAUGCUCCAAGUCCAUCAAUAGGUUCAGGAAGUACAUCAAGUAGAAUAGAAAAUCCAAGUCCAGGCCAACCAAUGACCCCUUUGCAUGUUGUAACUCAAAAUGGUGCUGAAGGUGCUUCAGCAAAAACUAACAGUCCUGCAUACUCUGAUAUAUCAGAUGCAGGAGAUGAUGGAGAGGGUAAAUUAGAUGGCACCAAAGUGAAAGACCCAGAUAUGAUAGUAAAAGAGGGUGCCAAAAAAACACUCUUUGCACAACAGCCACAAAGCAAAGACUCCCCAUACUACCAGAGCUUUGAGACCUAUUACUCUCCUAACUAUGCACAUUCCAGUCCUAGUGCCAUAAAUACCACUGGUCAAGCUACAUCAGAGAGUCAACCCCUCAAGGUUAAGAAGGAAGAGGAUCUAGAAGUUACAGAAGUAAAAAUGAAAACUGAGCCUCCUGAAGAGAAAAAGCCAGAACUAAACAGCGCAAGCCAACAACCAUCCGUGAUCCAGCAAAGGCCUAACAUGUACAUGCAGUCUCUCUAUUACAACCAGUAUGCCUACGUGCCUCCUUAUGGCUACAGUGACCAAGGGUACCAUGCACACAUGCUUAGUACUAAUCCAGCAUAUCGCCAGCAUUAUGAAGAGCAACAGAAACAAAGGCAGAGUCUAGAACAGCAACGCAGUAAUGAGAAAAAAGCAGAAAUUGCAGUAAGGGAAAGAGAGACCUCAAUUAAAGAUGAAUGGAAGCAUAAGUCUGUGCCCCCAACACUAACAAAGGCCCCAAGCCUUACUGACCUUGGGAAAUCUGGGACCAGCAAGGCCAAGGAACUGGGGACUAGUUCAGACUCUGGAAAGUCAGUGAUCAUCCCCAAGCCAGAGGACUCUGUAAAGUUGCCCUUGCAGCAAGGAGAGGGGUUAAAGGCAAAAGUGUCAGAAGGUGGUCAGCAUGCAGGGAAAGAAACAACUGAAGCUAAAUCUAUUGGAGAAUGUAAUCGGCAAGCUGGUCUUGAUCCUGCCCUGUGGUAUAGACAGCAGGAGGCAGACUCUCGACUAUGGACAUAUGUCUAUCCCAAGUACUCAGACCCCUUAAAAUCUGAGGACGAACGGUGGAAGGAGGAGAGGGAACGGAAGGUCAAAGAGGAGCGGGCCCGGAGCAAAGAGGCCUCCUCUAAAGAAGAUAGCAAAGAGGGGGUGAGUGUGGAUGUCAAGGGACCACCAGUCACAGAGGACCCCAGAGGGCUGCCUAAGGACCCGCGAACAAGCACCCAUGUUCCAGUUUCGUCGCCCCUCACACAGCAUCAGUCGUACAUCCCCUACAUGCACAGCUAUACCUACAGUCAAGCAUACGACCCCAGCCAUCCAAGCUACCGUGGCAUGCCUGCUGUCAUGAUGCAAAACUACCCAGGAUCAUAUCUCCCCCCAAGUUAUUCUUUUUCUCCUUAUGGAAACAAAGUUAGCAGCAGUGAAGAAUCCGAUAAGUCCAGAGCGAGCCCAAGUGUCAGUUGCAAACCCACCUCAGAGUCCAAAGCCUUGGAUAUUUUGCAGCAACAUGCAAGCCAUUACAAAAGCAAAUCUCCUACGAUAACAGACAAAUCUCCCCAGGAUCGAGAUCGAAGUGGCUGCAAUGUACCUGGGAGCACUGCCGGUUCAGUGGGUGGAUGCAGUAGCAUGGGUGCUCCAGACAGAGGAGGCGACAGAAGUUCAGAAAGGCCUCGCACUUCUCCUUCCCAGCGUUUAAUGUCCACGCAUCACCACCACCAUCACCUAGGCUAUUCUCUGCUGCCUGCCCAGUAUCCAGUAACCUAUGGACCUGGCCUGUCUUCUACAGCCAUUGUGGCCAGUCAGCAGGGCUCAACCCCUUCACUAUAUCCACCCCCCAGGAGGUGAGAAUGCAGGAGUUGACACCAAUUCCCUGUCUACACCAAGUCAUGUGACCGGAUCACAGGACAUCGUGGGAACAAUUAUCUGUGCAUCAGUUAAAUGGUGUUGGAGACUCUCUGUGGCUAGAGUUUUCUGAAGAAGCCUUGAGUUUCCUGCUCUGAUUCCAGACACCCAAAUCCAACUCAGUCCCACCAUCUUAGCUCUUAACAGCAUCUACCUUCAAGGGACCUGGUCUGUAUUUAUUCAAGUUUGCCUCCAGCAAUAAGGGGGUCUACAUGGAAAGUGUGCCAGAGUGUGCCCAGGAGAUUUUCUGCGUAUGCAGUAUUCAGCAUAUUAAUCUUGAAAUGGCACGCUAUGGGCCCGGAGCUUGUGUCCUUUGGUUACAAACUUCUGUUUAAAUUUUGUUCCACCCUUUCACUUUCAAGAAAAAUAAAUAGUUUUAUGCUUAUUAAUACACUCCACCAUUCAGCCUGUGAACAUUUUUCCCUGUAUGAUCUUAUAGUGAAGGUGGGGUUCACAUCUUCUAAACUUUCCUGACUGUUAAGUGGGGUGGACAUGUGAACUUAAUAAGGUAAAUUGUUUUUAUAUUUGUCAGUUGUAUGAAAGUGAAGAACCAGGGACAUUUGUUUUGUGUGUUCCCAUGUGCUCCUUUAUUUUGUCUACCAUGCUAAGUCUCUGUUGGAGUGAGUUUUUGGCUCUGGCUUACACAUGGAGCCCGAAAACCCAAGAGCCUUAAAACAAAUCAAGGUGAGCUCAAGAAGAGGAAUUCCCGCGUUCCAUGGCACAAAAAUUAUCCACAGCGCAGAUGUUCAGAAAUGUUGUUGUCAUGUGUUCCUAUGUAUUUAAAGGUGUUGCUGCAGAGACUCUGGGAGUACAGGGGUCAACAAAAUCCCUCACCAACAAAUUUCCAGUAUAUGCUUGGUCGUUGUUGAACAGUUGUUAAUUCUUUUAACCAGAGAGCUCUUAAAGAAAAAUUUUAAUCUAUAUUGCUUCUGCUACAUCUCCUUCCCAGCCCCAGUUUCUUUGUGGGGAACAGAAUAAUUGAUAAAGCAGAAGACACAUCACAACUGUGAUGUCAUCAUGUGGGACUCCUGUAAAAAGCCCAUGGCUGUGUAUAAUGUAAAUACACCCUGAUGCAUCAUUUUUAUAAAACACUAAUAUUAAAAAAUGGAAAGAUACGUAAACUUGCAUUUUAGAUCUAAUAAACCACUAACUGUUCACCCUAUGCAGGGUCUGAAAUGCAUAUAAUACAUCUGACAUAUGUAUGUUAUAGGUAUAUAACAGUGUGUAUAUAUAUUUUUCUAUCUAUCUAUAUGUAUGUAUGUGUAUAUAUAUGUAUAUACACACACACACAUGCACACCCCUGGAAGUCUGUGUGUAUAUAUUGAUAUAAAUGCACACAACUGUAUAUGCAUUGCAGGCCCAGCUGCUUUACAAUCUUUGUUUUGUUUAGUUGAAAAGCUGCUGUUUACAUUGAUAAUGAUUUAACACCAAGAUUCAUAACUGCAGGAGUUUAGUUGCCUAGUGCCAAAAUUGUGCAAUCAGGAAAUCGCCCCUAUACAUAAAUGAACCAAGAGUAACUGCAGCAAAACUGCACUAUUUUUCUGUCCAGCAGUUUCAUUUUUAUUUUUUUUUUACACGUAACAUUUAAAUAUAUAUGUAUGAAGACAUGCCUAGAUGUGAUAUUUGAAAUGAAGGAGAACACCACCUUUUUCUUCAGAUGUAGGUGACCCAUCGUGGAAUGCCCUAUAGCUUACUAUUCUGCAGGCAUGUGUCUCAGAUGGGCCUAUAAAUGAUGGGUAUAUUUAGUGUUUUCCUUACAUGAGCUUUUGUUCUCUAAAGGAACAUACACCCCACACUCUAAUUUAGAGAACUAUAUAGGUGUUUUUCUCCAUACAUAAUGUUCUCAUAGCAUGGCAGUCACCUGAUCUCAUAGUUAUUGUGAUUUGAAACUGCAUUGUUUGGAGAUGGUGAUUGAAGUGUGUUUUGCAGCCUUUAUUCAUUGUGAUAUGCUGCUGUUGCUUAGGAGACUCAUCUAGUGGUGUUGCUGCCCAAUGUAUCACUAGUCUUUCUGGCUAUUUAGUUCAUUGUUCUCCCCAGGGCCUUUUAGCCAGGUUCUACUCCAGGCAUUCAUUAUACUGCAAAUGUAAUAGAACUAUUUGUACAGAAGCAGAAGGAAUGCACGCUUCUGCAAAUACAUGGAGUUGUAGUAUUGGACUGCACUAGAUUUAACUGUGACCUGUAGUCCUUCUAGCUUCUGUAAAUAUUUUCCGUUACAGCAGGUCAGGUUAUGACUGGCUUUAAGGCACCUUGUACGUUAUAUAUUGUCCACUUUGUUAGUUUUUCAUCCUACCCAACUGAGGAGAACUCUGCAACUGCUCUCAGCACAGUGACUGUAUGUCGGAAACUGUAUUUUAAAAACAUCAGUAAAGCCACGGUGUGUGUAUCAUAGCAACACUAUCCUGAAAGAAAGUAGGAUAUAACAAUAUUCAAAAUAAAUCAUAUCCUCAGGGCACUGUCACAUUGUACUCCAUUUUUCAGGGGCUGCACUUUUCAUUCCAUGGGAAAGCCCUUAAAGACCAUAUGCCAUGGGCAAAUGCACAAGUAUCUGUUAGCAUAUUGCUUAAGCUUUUCUGCUGUAUAGAUUUUAAUGACUGUGGUGGUUUUGCUUCUUUGACAUCUGCACAUUUGUGAGACUUUUCAGAAAACUGUGCAGCAAAUUGCUGGAUGGCAGUGUGAAAGUGGUCUUUUAGAAUCCCUAAAAACUAGCUGUCUCGAAAUUCCCGUUAUCCUGUUUUCCUGAGUACAAAAGAGAUAUCCGAAGAUUUGUUCAGUUUCGCAAACAAGUGUAUUGUUGAGUACCAUAACCAUUUCUCUGCUGCAUAUGGUAAAAUAAUGUUUAUUCACUCCUAAAGAAUAACCUUGCAUUAAGAACCAAACUCCUGCAGUGGAAGAUUCAUAGAAGACCACCUCGAGCAGCUGGAAAUUGUUUGCCAUAAUUAUUCAUGUGACUUAUGCUAUCCCCUAAAGAAAUAACAAUCCCAGAAAAAAUUGGUUUGGGUUUAACCCCUAUUUUUAAAUAUUUCAGUCUGCAUUCUCAGUAGGAAGGGGGCUGAUGUCAGAUCUUCAGAUUACAUCAUAAAUAUGCAAGACACUUAUGCGGUCUGUCAAAGUGUUUUUUUUGUUUUUUUUUUGUUUUUUUUUUAAUUGUGUUUGUUUUCUGCUAGUUGCACUCUGUUCUCCUGGAGACGUAUGAAAGGAUUUUCGCUGAAAAUUCAAAACAGACAAAAAAUUGUAUUUAACCCUUUCUGGAAGUUUUCCAAUAAAGUUCUUUUUUGUAUUGCUUG